AUGGCAAAGCAUCAUCCAGACUUGAUAUUUUGUCGCAAACAGCCAGGAAUAGCCAUUGGGCGACUUUGUGAGAAGCAUGAUGGUGUUUGCAUCAUUUGUGACUCUCUGGUUCGACCAGCAGAUUUGGUGCGUAUAUGCGACGAAUGCAACUAUGGCUCAUUGGUUGGUCGAUGUGUUGUGUGUGGUGGACCUGGUGUCUCGGACGCUUACUACUGUAAAGAGUGUGUGAUUCAAGAAAAAGAUAGGGAUGGAUGUCCAAAGAUUGUGAAUCUCGGUAGCAGCAAAACAGACUUAUUUUAUGAACGAAAAAAGUUUGGAUUUAAAAAGCGGUAG